GAGGGGCGGUGUCGGCGUUGUAACAAAAUCCAGAGGCGAAGAGCUGGCCGACAAUAACAAAAGCGCAGGAGUGCGGGGAGUGUCAACGCUGCCGAGUGACUCCGCGGGCUGCGGUUUUUUUAUAUGCAGUAUUAUAAAGAGGAUUUUUCUGUAGUUUGCGGAUUAUAUAAGUGGAGAGAAUUUGUGGCUGCCUUUUUUUUGUUUCUUACAUUUUUUCUUAAAAGCUGCGUUUUUUAUCUGCUGCAUACUGGAUUUUUGCUCUGUUUGGAUUACACGCGCACCGAGGAAGCAGGACUGCGCCUAGUCAACUCAACCUGAGCCGCGAUCGGGAAGGAGGCCGUCAUGAACAAACUGCGCCAGAGCCUGCGAAGGAAGAAGCCGUCCUAUGUGCCCGAGGCUAGCCGACCACACCAGUGGCAGGCAGAUGAGGAGGCUGUGCGAAAGGGCAAAUGCAACUUCCCUGUACGGUACUUGGGCCAUGUUGAGGUGGAUGAGUCUCGAGGGAUGCACGUCUGCGAAGAGGCUGUUAAGAAACUCAAAACUAUGGGGAAGAAGUCGGUGAAGGCGGUACUCUGGGUUUCUGCAGAUGGCCUGAGGGUCGUGGAUGACAAGACCAAGGACCUCAUAGUCGACCAGACCAUCGAGAAAGUAUCUUUCUGUGCUCCUGAUCGGAACUAUGACAAAGCCUUCUCAUACAUCUGCCGAGAUGGCACCACGCGCCGCUGGAUCUGCCACUGCUUCAUGGCCGUCAAGGACUCAGGAGAGCGGCUGAGCCACGCUGUGGGUUGUGCCUUUGCCGCCUGUUUGGAACGCAAGCAGAAACGAGAAAAGGAGUGCGGAGUGACGGCCUCCUUUGACGCAAGCCGCACCAGUUUUGUCCGAGAGGGUUCAUUCCGGGUGACCUCCAGUUCCCAGCAGAGCGGAAAUGAAGAGGGCACCAAACAGAAGCCUGACAAGAAGAAAGAGAGCUCCACCACUUGCACCCCACUGCCCCUGGAUAAUGGCUCACCCCCCGAAGGGGCUGCAUCCCCCGUUGACAAAUCAGAAGGGGGUUACCAGCAUGCCAUCCCACGCCGGCACGCACCCAUCGAGCAGCUUGUGCGGCAGGGCUCUUUCCGAGGGUUCCCAGCGCUCAGCCAGAAGAAUUCACCAUUCAAGAGACAGCUCUCCCUGAGGCUCAACGAGUUGCCAUCCACGCUGCAGCGCAAGACAGACUUCCAAGUGAAAAAUCCAGUGCCCGAAAUGGAGUCUGUCCCAGCCACUGAAGCAGACAGCAUUAAUGCCCUCUGCUACCAGAUCAACAGUUCCUUCACCAAACCAUCCGAGGAUUCCUUUGCCAUAUCUGCCACCAGCAAUGGUUUACCCCCACCAGCUAUUCCACCACCUCCUGGAGCUUCCCCUGCUCUCCAUCCUGCUCUCCCACCUGCUCCAGGACUUUCACCAGCUCUUCCUCGCCCUUCAGGACACAACCAAGGCACCGCUGGAUGGGGCAUGGAGCAAGUCACCCAGUCACCACCCACCUUCCAGAUGGGGCACAAGAGGACACCAUCAGAGGCAGAGCGCUGGCUAGAGGAGGUGGCGAAGUCCGUCAAAGUGCAGCAGCAACAACAGCCUGCAUCUCAGGUGCCGUCCAACAUGCCAGCAGCACCUAUCUCAAUCCCGACAGCCAUGCAGCCCUUCCCGAUGGCCUUUGACAACACUCCUGUAGCCACUAGUAUGUUUGCACCACCCCCCAUGCAACCUGCCUACAUUCAGAUGCAACCCUACAUGCCCGCCCUGGCCAACAGCAUGACCUACCCCACAGCCAGUGUACCUGUUGUUGGUAUAACACCUUCCCAGAUGGUGGCAAAUGUUUUCUGUACGGCAACCCAGAUACAGAGUUCUGGAGCAGGCAAGAUGGCUGGGGGGCAACAUUUCCCUCAAAACUUCACUCCUGCCAGUGCUGGUGCCGUCACAAUGUCCAGCAGUUUGCAGUUUUCUAGCCCCGGGCUCGUCAAUGGGAUUACCUCAAAUAGCCACAAUGCAACCAGUAACGGAUCGGCUUGGCCUCCCAACCUCAAGCAGCUGGCCGUUGGCGGGGGUGGCUCUCAAGAGAUCGACCAGUUUGAAGCACAGUGGGCAGCACUGGAAUCCAAAUCGCAACAGAGGGCAGCCAACCCUUUCAAUAACGACCUGCAGAAGACUUUUGAGAUCGAGCUCUAGGACGGAUUGAAUUGGAAAUACACUAAAAGAACAUUGGAAAGAAAAAAACUGCCAUUUUUGUGAUCCGUUAUUAUAUUUCUGUUACUGUUGUGUUUUUUUUCUUUUGCAUUUAUCGGGUGAAAAAGAGACAGAGAUGGUACAGAGUUGAUUAUGGAUUAGCUGACAUUCACCCCAGGGCUGCAGGAAUCGGCAGAAGUCCAGCACUCCAUUCAUAGCCUGUGACCUUCUCUGACACCCACUGAAGGCCGAUCUCUUGACUGCCAAAGGCGUCCUGCCUACUUGUCACAUCAAGGGGGCCUUGGCACAGCAUGGAAAAAUCCAUUUGGAUUUCUUUUAUGAGGCAAAGUCUCCCUGACUUUAUGUCUUGAAAACUGGACAGACACCUUUUUAAAACUAUAUAUAAUCUCUAUUUAAAACAUCUCUAUUUGUUGCCAUCUAUCUAUUCAGUCAUAUUUCUAACCCGCCUGUUCCAACACAGGGUUGUGGGUGCGGAGCCUAGCCCGGCAGCAUCAGGUACAAGGCAGGAAUCAAGCAGGUAAAAAAAAAAAUUUCAUACUCUGUUUGGCUCUUUCCAGCCAUCGUCAUCUGCAGCAAAUGAUUACACUGUUGGGCCCAAAUUAACAGACCAAAAUGAUGAACCUUUGUGACCAGAUGACCAGAUUCUAAAAGAAAAAAAGUUAUGUCUAUUAUUAUUAUUAUUAUUCUCAACUCACCCCAUUCUGAGAAGGGGGAAAAACAAGUCUAAAUGAGUAGGCCAAACUGCAGAUUCCCAACCUUAUGACUAUUAAUUAUUAUUAUAAGAAUGUUUUUCUUUCUAUCAAAGUGAUGCCUCACCAUUGAAUCCUCAGAAGACAUCCCUGCAGGUGAUUCCACAUGUUUCUCAUUAUGGGUGGGGCUUGACACCCCCAGCCUCACCCACCGUAUCUCCUCCGCCUCCUCCUCGUCCUCCUUGUUUCUUCUGGCAACACCUUCACUAACAUCCAACCCUGCAGCACUCAAGUCACCUGUCCACUUGAGCUUCAGUCACACAUGGUCACGGAGAUCUCCUUCAGCCUCUGCAAGGACUUGCACACAAGCUUAAUGCAUUUAGCGUCUUGGCUUGAUUAACAUGGGGGAAGUAUUCAUAUGUGGUUGUAUUUCAUUUUUAAUUACAUUUAUUUUGCUUUUUUCCCUAAACAAAUGCCCAGGAGGAUAAGGCACAACUAAGUGAAUACUGAGGUUAUGUCAGCCCCCCCCCCCCCCAAACAAAUGUCAUAUUUAAUAGUAGAUUUCUGCAUGUCAUCUGUUUUAAUCCUUUUAAACUGGACUCCAUACCCCCAGUGCUCCAAUUUUGCAUUCGCUUGUUUACCUUUACUUAGCUGACAUUUUUAUGCAAAACAAUUUACAAAUCACAUUCUCAAAGUGUGUCUGUGAUUUCACAAUUUACACACUGGCAUGGCAGAUGAUUCACUCAGGGUCAUACAAGAAACCAGUGCUGUGGCCUGGUCAUUUUAUAUAGCACCUUUCACAUUGAAUACCAUGCCAGGUGUCUGUUGUGUCAGGUCAAGUGACUUGCCCAGUGUCUACACAGCUGUCAGUGCUGACGACUAAUCCGGUGGCAUAAUAUUAUUAUUUUAUACAGUACCUUUCACACUGAAACACAUCCCAAAUAAGUCAAUUGUUUCCUUAUUCUGACAAUGUAAUAAACUCCCCACUGAGGUCACAUAGCACUUUGCAUUAAUCUUAUAUAAUACCAAUAUUACUGUACAUGGCGCCUUUCUUUGUAAGCACUGCCCCCAGCCACUUACAGUGUACCCUCACGUUUGUUUCUGUGUUUAUGCAAUGGGAGUAUUGCCUGGUGAAACUACCAGCUAAGGGUCAUGUAGUGUGUGGACCUGUGACCUUGUCUUUUAUAGUGCACACAUUGUAUAUAGUGCCUUUCAUCAUAGCCACCAUCCAAGGGCACUUUAUAGGUAGU